CCAGUUCACCACUGCUGGGCUCAAACACAGAAAGGUCCUCAACAAAGACACCUGUAGAUAUAUGCUGGUGGAAUGUAAGGCGGCAGAUUUAGUUUCUUUUAUUUUUUUUACCAAGCUUUAGCUAUUAGAAGAGGAUAUAGACUGAGCAUCUCAUCAUGAGUGUAAAGCAGCCCUGCAUCUUUCUCAGAGGAGGAGGAGGAAAGAAGAGACAAACAAGAAAUCUUACUCAGGAUGAGCUCGAAGAGCUACGUGAAGCCUUUAUAGAGUUUGAUAAAGACAAGGAUGGCUUUAUCACCUGCAAAGACUUGGGGAACCUGAUGAGAACCAUGGGCUACAUGCCGACUGAAAUGGAGCUGAUCGAACUGAGCCAAAACAUUAACAUGAACUUGGGGGGACGGGUAAACUUUGAAGAUUUUGUGGAACUGAUGACCCCCAAGCUUCUGGAUGAAACCGCCGGGAUGAUCGGGUUAAAAGAACUCAGAGAUGCUUUCAGAGAGUUUGAUAUAGAUGGUGACGGAGCUAUCACAUCUGAAGAGCUGAGAUUUGCUAUGAUAAAGCUAUUAGGUGAACAGACGAGCAAGAAAGAAAUAGAUGAAGUGGUCAAAGAUGUAGACAACAAUGGAGAUGGAAAAGUUGACUUUGAGGAGUUUGUGAAAAUGAUGUCGAAGAAUUGAGGACAACAAAAUGAAGACAGAAGAGGAUCCAUGCUGUUUUAAAUUCUCAUCUGACAAAACCUAAUUUUUGUAAAUAGUCUCACUAUCUACAUCCACAUUAUGUUAAUUUUUGUAACAAAUAAGUUAUUUUGUUUGUUAAAAAUUAUGUGUAUAAAUUUCUAUUAGCAGUCCUUAAUAAAAAAAAUAAGAAAUAAUGUUUUCCUUUGUAUUAUUUGACAGUUGUUUUAAAAAAAAAUUGUUAUAUUUUUACCUUAUGUUCUCCAGAGCACUCCCAGUGAAAUAACGGUUUGUGUCAAUUGUUAAAAAAAAAGCUAAUUAACAAACUCAGAAAAAAACUUUUUAAAGUAAUGAGAAAUGUUAUUACAUAAAUAGCUGGCAUAAUAGUAAAAAAAUAAAAUGAUACAUUAGCAGAAGUUCAAGUACAGAUACCAACUGUAUUAAAGAAGCUGCGUUUUGACCAGUAGCUGUAAAUUGUAUUACUUUGUAUUGCACCUUGAGUCUUGAAAAAACAGGCAAAUUAGUGAGUCUUAGGUAAUUGCAUGAUAAAGGUGGAGUAAAGUUAGUGCACAUGCACUUUACUAACUUUUUACUAACAUUUUGAUAAGACGAUGGUAUAGAGUUAUGUGCUAGGAAAACAUUUUGACAUGAAAAUCCCUUUUGACUAACUUUCCCCAAUAACUGUUACUUGAUUGGGGAUUAAUGUGGACAUCCUGAUGUGCCAUAAUAGUACUGUUUUAGUGGCUCCACUGUUUAGUUUGUCCUAUUAUAGAUUUUGUGCAGAGAUUUUUCUCGCUCUGCAGUUAUCUGUUGUUUGUAAAGCUCAUUUGAAUGACACAAUGUUUAUAUUGUAAUGCUAUGUACAGACAAUAGUUGCUCUGUUUGUUGGACCAACAUUGUUUUGUAAC